AUGUCAGCCUCAGUUACUGUCUUAUAUUAUAUAACGAAUUAUCAUAAAUCAUUUACCAAUAAAGAUCUUAUAAUCAUUGAAACUUCGGGUAUUGUAAGAUCUCGAAGUUUAAAUUCUCCUCUUAAUGUUAUCUUAAUCAGAUUUUACCUGACUAAUACAAUUCAAGAAUUAAGUUUACCUGAAUUUGAGAAUGGAGAUGUAAUACUUGUAACUAGAAAUUUUCGUAUCAUUGAAAAUAUAGAUAAUGAUAACAAAAAAUAUCUAAUAUUAAAAAUUGUCUUAAAUAAUAUCAUUUGUUUUAAUGAUAUUGAUCCUAAUAACAUACCUGCUUUUCUGAUAUUGCUCAAUAUGACAGCAGUGGCUCAAGAAGAACCAAUAAUUGAUGAAGAAGAUGUAACCAUAAAGUUUAUGAUAACUGACAAUGCUAACAUAGUUCACAUUCGAAGCAUUUCUUUCCCUGAAUAUCAAAAUUCGAUUUUAUCUGCUAGAGAUUCGAUUCAUCUUACUUGGGAAACUAAAGAUAAAGAUAAAGAUGACGAAAACAAAUUGACCAAUAUUGCUCAAACCAUCGCAUCUAGAGUUAAAGGAAGUAUUUGUUAUAAAAAAAUUACUCCUACCACAAAACCAUAUUCUAAACCUAAUUUUCAUUCUAUCUGUCCUAAAGUUACUGAUUUAUCAAAUAAAUUUUUAAAUCAAAAUUCAAAUACAUCUGAGCAAACAACUUCCUUAGUUAAUAACACUGAAAAAAAAUAG